AUGACAAUAUUUAUUGUUCGUUCAUAUGCAGCAAACAAUAUUAAAAGGAAAGGACCGGACGAUGGCCACGAAAGAAAACAAUAUAAUUUUCUAUCUAUCUAUCUAUCUAUCUAUCUAUCUAUCUAUCUAUCUAUCCUUUCCCUUAAAUAUUUCUUUUUUCUUUUCCCCAUGAAUAAUUUCUUAUCAAAGCCCUCCGCCUCCCAUGCAUUAGCCUCUUUUCCUCUCUUCUUCUUUUUACCACAUUAUUUUCUCUCUAUUUGGUAUCUAUCAUUUUGUCUCGUGAAUUCACGAUCGGAACUUUUUUCUUCCCAUUUUUUUUUUCUUUCUGAUAUAAAUUUUUUGUUGGAUUUCAUUUUUUCUUUCUUUCUUCGUUAUUGUCGUUAUUUUUCUUGUUUUAUUUUCUUUUGGAGCAGCUGUUACAUACACGCGCAUCUAUCUAUCUAUCUAUCUAUCUAUCUAUCUAUCUAUCUAUCUAUCUAUCUAUCUAUCGAUCGAUAG